CAAUCUGUUUAAAAAAAAAAGGGAAACAAAAAUGGUGAAGAAGCUGGUCAAAUACUCAGUUGUGGAUGCAUUUAGUGACGCGGCAUUCAAAGGAAACCCAGCAGCAGUGUGUUGGUUAGGCGACGACAUAAAGAAAGACGAUGAGUGGUUGCAAUCAGUUGCUGCUGAAUUUAACAUCUCAGAAACAUGUUAUUUGACUCCAAUUCUUGUUGCUGGUCAACAUUCCGACAAUCCUCCUCCUAGGUUCCACCUCAGAUGGUUCACUCCUGUUGCCGAGGUUGAACUUUGCGGUCAUGCAACUUUAGCAGCCUCUCAUUUCCUUUUCGAGUCUGGCCUGGUGAACGCUAACACAGUAGAAUUCUCAACCCUUUCUGGAAUUUUGACUGCCAAUAAAGUUCCCGCUAGCAAGAUCAUUGACUCAUCAAAUGGUGAAAUACCAAACAGUUUCUACAUCGAAUUGAAUUUCCCUGUCUUGCCUGUUAUAGAUUUCAAUGAUCUGGCGGUUUCAGCAGUUUCUGAAAUACUAAAUGGCGUUUCUGUUGUUGAUGUGAAGAAGACUGCAUCUGAUGACAUAUUUGUGGUGUUUCAAUCAGCAAAGGAAGUUGUGGAGUUCAAGCCGCAAAUUAAUAAGAUCAAAGAAGCACCGGGUAGAGGGAUAAUAAUUACGGCACUUGCACCUAAUGGGUCAGGGUUCGACUUUUGUAGUCGCUUCUUCUGCCCUAAAUAUGGUAUCGAUGAGGACCCUGUUUGUGGGAGUGCACAUUGUGCCUUAGCAGCUUACUGGCAUGAGAAGAUGGGAAAAUGUGAUUUUAUUGCAUAUCAGGCAUCACCUAGAAGUGGUACUGUACAUGUCCAUCUUGAUAAGAAUAAUCAAAGAGUACUUCUUCGAGGUAAAGCCACCACAGUCAUGGAAGGGUCUCUUUUGGUUUAAGAUUUGGGGUGUAAUCAUACCGCAUGUUGGAUUCAACAAGAUUUCUUUGAAGAUUUAUAUUUGGAUAACUGAAGUUGUGAAUUUGAUGUUGUAUCAUGAAACUGACAAUACAUAAACCGUCUUUUUUUUCCAAAUCACCACUGAUUCGGUUUGGAUUGACUUUAAAAUUUCGUAAAGGAGAUUGAAUUGCUAAGAUCAA